UUGAAUUGUUCCAAUUCGAUGCAUGUAGCAAAUGCAACUCAGUAACCGUUGGUUUGGUUGAUAUUGCUGUGUUAGACCUUUUGCAGGCAUAGUGGCAGUUGAUAGGUUAGCAUAAUGAUAACAGAACUACAGGAAAUUCUUCAUAAUGUACAACUUAACUUGUAUCGUGGUUUUGUUUCUUCAAAACGAAGCGGCAUCGUUUGGUUGAAUAGUGUUUGUGGAGACCUGUUUAAACUAUUCCGAGUGCUGCAUAAAUUUCUAGUAUUUGAAGGAUGCAACAACGCGGGAGCCAUAGAAAUUAUUUGCUUGUGCCUGUCACAGAUUGUAGUCUGUAUUCGGUGGCUUGAGCGUGCGAUAAUAAUAGAGCAAGAGAAACAUUGUGCUUUACCGGCUUCCAGACAAUGCUUUUUAGAUAGAAUAAUUUGGUGUAUGGCAAAGAUAAAAAUCUUGGCCGAAGAUGGAAAAUCUGCUGAACUGGAAAACACAACAGAAUCUAAUUUCGUUAGCGUUUUGGAUUUGGCACUUAGUUUAGUUGGCCCAUUAGCGAUUCCUUUUGAAAACGGUCAGAUCAAUUGUAUAGAACGAGAUGCAGAAGCAAUGAUGGAAUUGACAAAAAUCAGAUCAGUUAUAGAAGCUCUUAUAAGUCAAACUCUUUCUUUUGGAAAUGUACUUAAGGAGGAGGACAAAGCAGAACUAAAAUUGGUUUGUCAGAAGCUACUCAAAGAAUGCAUUGCAUUGGAAAAAGAAUCAGUGCUUGUUGAAGGGGAAGAAAUCCUGAAGGUUCAAAAUCGUCGUUUAAAAGCUAGUAUCCUAGAAAGUGCAAUUUUUCAAUUGGAAGGUCAAGUCAAUGACUGCCUUUUACAACUAGUUUUUGAAACAUUUAGUGAAUUGGACCAGACAUUGAUAGGAAACAUUAGAGAGCUAAUCGGAAAGAAAGCAGGCGAGAAAGAGAUUAGUGACGCCAUAGCCCAUUUUGAUGCCACAGUGGACAAAAUAAUGCAAGUUGGAUUGUUUGCGAUAUCAUAUGCUGAUAAUUAUAAAGCUGCGUCGACAAUCAGAAGUUGUCUUGCGUCGAUCGAAGCUUUAGAUUCCUACCUAGUUCCAUCAUUUUUCACAUCUUGUGAUCUUCAUUCGAACCUACUGGAAGAUCAUUGGUCGGAAGAGCUAUCAUCACUGCGGUACCACGUGCAACGAAUAAUUGACAGCAAUGCUUUCGCGCUGUCUUUGAUAGAAAUUCUGGAAGGUGGAAUAGAUUUACUUAAUCUCAACUUUGACGCAAAGGAUGCCUUGAUCUUGGUUCGUAAAUGUGAAAUCUUUAAACAACAUUUAGAGUACAACUCGGUAGAUUUAGCGUUAGUCGAGGAACCUUUGAGCAUACAUUUUGAGGAUUUAAAAACGAUGAUUCUCGAGUGCAAGGCAAUAGUGAAGUGUUUCGAGAACGAUCCUGAUGCUACAGAGGAGCGGAUUAUAAAAAGAUUUCGCAUACUUAGGUCAAAAUUAAGCAAGGUUCAACAAACAAUUAGUGUUGGUAAACAAAAGAAGGCAAUCAAGGAAGACUUGCCGCAGUCGUCUGUUGCCGAAUACGCUCGUACAGACGAAGAAAAGAAAGUCGAUAUAACUGUUCAAGAGUUUUUCGCUAAUAGCUUAUUGCAACCAUCAAAGAGCAGUAUUCUUUAUUGUAGCAGAAGAGUAUCCCGUUCCAGGCAAGGUAAUUUCAUUGCGUCUGUAUCUGCAACAAAAAGCUUCGCGGAUUUAACCAGUGAGAUACGACAACGUGCCGAAACUACACCGGAAAAAAGUUCAGGAUGUUCAAUACGCAAAAAUAAACUGUUAAAAAGGAAUAGUCUGAGGGUAGCUAUUUUUAAAAAGAAACACUGCAAGCAGACGGCAGAGCUUUUGGAUAGUUAUCGAAGUGAUGUUGAUUUUCAGAUCACUGAAAUACUUGACCAGCUUACAGACCUUUCGACGACAUUUUCAUCAUCGCAGCAAUUCCUGACCGAUCCAGAAACUGAUGCAAAACAAGGUGCUGUUGAUAAACAACUAACGGCUCCAAUUAUUAGAAACACUAUCACAAAGGAAGAGAUAGUAAUACUGAACGACAAUCGGAUAAGUAUCAAUAUCACAUCCGAUAUCUGACGAUUCAGCUGACCAACUCUGACGAACUCGCGUACUGUGCUAAUAAACGUAUCUUUGUACGCCUUUAAUCGUCAGAAUUGUGCAGUUGGUCGCGUUAUAUAACAACUUGUAACAUACGUGGCUUUAUGUUUUAUUAAACUAUA